AUGAAGGCCAUGGCGCCUAACAGCACUGAUCAUAUGAAGCGUUUUGUCGCUCGGCAGAGUGCCCACAAAGAUUUGCCACUGUUCUCUGGGAGCCCCGAGGAGUGGCCCGCCUUCCUAAGCUCAUAUGAGCGGUCAACAACGGAGUGCGAGUUUUCUCCAAGUGAGAACAUGGCUCGGUUGGCAAAGGCGCUAAAGGGAAAGGCGCGAAACCUUGUGGCGAGAAUGCUGACAGUUCCUGACAAUGUUGACCAGGUGAUCAGCAUGCUGAGGCUCAGGUUUGGCAACCCUGACCUCAUCAUCCAGUCGCUCAUAAAGCGCACCAAGGAAUUAAACAGCAUUAAAACAGUGGAUCUGGAGAACAUAAUCGAGCUCACCAGUGCUGUGCGGAACCUGGUAAGCACCAUGGAGCUGUUGGAGGAGACGGAUCAUCUCACAAAUCCGCAGCUCCGCCAAGACAUCGUGGCAAAGCUGCCAAAUGAGCUGCGCCUCCGCUGGGGAGAGCAUGUGCAGAGUCUUGGUCGCCGUUCCACGCUGAAGGAUUUGUCAGAUUGGCUGACAGAGCGUGCGGCUGCAGCUUACCAUGUGAGCCCACCAAUCGUUGGCAACACCAACAACAGCGGUGGAGAACAGUCGAAACGGCGGGCCGGUCAACUAAUGGCGACUAUCUCCGAACAGAAGCGCAAACCAAGGGCAUGCGCCUUCUGCGAGAAAGCCGGCCACUCAGUUUCGUCCUGCAAAUCAUUCAAGGAUGUGAGCCAGAGUGAACGGCGUAAGUGGGCCCGGUCUGCAAACCGGUGCUAUGUGUGUCUCGGGUAUGGGCAUGGUGCACGAAACUGCCAACGGAGCAAGCCAUGUGGCGUAGAUGGCUGCACGAGUCUUCACCACCCUCUGUUACAUCCGCAGAACUAUGAGCAACAAGGACAACCCAGAGUCUCUGGUGAUAGUGAGCAGACUAACUCCAUCACGACGGGAUCACACGUGACCUGCAGCAUGCAGAAGCCAUCUGCGAGCGUCAUCCUCCGAACAGUACCGGUACGCCUGAGAAAUGGCGACAACGAAGUGAUGACGUACGCACUGUUUGAUGAGGGAUCUACAGUGACACUAGUAGACACCCAAUUAGCCAAGACCCUGCAAGCGUCUGGCCCAGUGAAGCCGCUGUCUCUCACGUGGACAGAUAAGCAGCAUCAGCACCAUCCUCAGUCCAUGUCCUUGAACCUGCAGAUUGCUGGGUUGCAGGGAGAUGAGACCUUUCAGCUGAGAAAUGCCAGGACAGUGAACAACCUCGAUUUGACGUGUCAGCCGGUGACGUCUGCAAAGGCGCUGAACCAGUGGCCGCAUCUGAAAGACGUGCCGGUCCACACACUCGAUAACAAGAAGCCCCAGCUCCUGAUCGGCCAGAACAAUGUCAGCCUGACGGUCGGGCGAGAGGUCAUUGAAGGCGCGCCCAACGCGCCGAUCGCCUCGCGAACCAAGCUUGGGUGGGUCGUGCACGGUCGGUCAUCUCAUCGUCAGGGCAGAGUGGAUGACGUCGUUCUGCAAACCAUCUCUACCGAGGAUGAAGAACUUCACCAGCUAGUCAAAUCGUCGUUUAGGACUGACGAUUUCGGAGUCAAGGUGCCGCACGCUACAGCCCACAACCGUGAAGAGCUGCGGGCAUUUGAGCUGCUGCAGGCGACAACACAGCGGUUUGACAAGACUAGGUGGGAGACGGGGCUCCUGUGGCGCAAAGACGACCCAGUGCUGCCACGUAGCUACGGCAACGCGUUCAAUCGACUCCGCAGCCUUGAGCGCAAGCUUGACCGCAACCCAUCGCUGCUAGCGAAGUACGACGAGAACAUUGCUGAGUAUGUCGACAAGCGCUACGCGGAGAUUCUAUCUCCCCAUCAGGCAGCGGUGGACUCCAACACCACCUGGUAUCUCCCGCACUUUGGGGUCACCAACCCCAACAAGCAGGACAAGCUACGGUUGGUUUUCGAUCCUGCAUCGAAAACCGGGGGAAGUAGCCUGAAUGACGCCCUGCUCUCUGGCCCUGACCUGUUGCGACCGCUGCCAGCCGUACUGUUUGGUUUCCACGAGGAGGCCAUCGCAUUUGGUGGUGACAUACAAGAGAUGUUCCACCAAGUGGUCAUUAGGCCACAAGAUCGCUGCGCUCAACGAUUCCUGUGGCGUGGGCAGGACCGCAACAGCAAACCGACUGUCUACCAGAUGAGGGUGAUGACUUUCGGGUCAACCUCUUCACCGACGUCGGCGCAGUUCGUGAAGAACAUCAAUGCUGCCGAGCAUCGUGACAAGCUCCGUGCAGUACAGGGUAUUGUCGAGCAUCACUAUGUCGAUGACUACUUUGACAGCUGUGCCGAGACCAAAGAAGCAGUCAAGAUCGUGACAAAUGUGAUUGACAUCCACAGACAAGGUGGCUUCCACAUCAGGAACUGGGUUAGCAACUCACCGACUGUGCUUGAAGCAGUGCCGAUUGAGAUGCGCGCACCAUCAAGCAUCGUAAGUCUGGACGUCGAUCCUGCAACGUCAGUGGAGCGUACGCUGGGAAUGAUCUGGGACCCCAGUGCCGACACGCUUGGUUUCCAUGUCAGUAAGCUCCGCCUAGAACAGAUGCUGACAUCCAAAAGCACGACGAAGCGUCAGGCACUCAGCACUGUGAUGUCAGUGUUUGACCCACUCGGUCUCGUCGCCUGUUACUCCAUCAGAGCUCGAGUCCUGAUUCAAAGCAUCUGGCGAGCGUCCAUUGGCUGGGAUGAUGAGCUGCCAAGGUCGCUGCAAGGCGAAUGGACGAGCUGGUGUGAGGAGCUGACGGAGCUCGGCAAACUGGCAAUACCAAGAUGCUACAGUUUGAAGCCCGGAGGAGUCGCUAACGUCCAGCUUCACGUCUUCUGUGAUGCCAGUGAACUUGCAUUCGCCGCCGUCGGCUACUUUCGCUUUCAGCUGAACGACGGAACAGUCGACACGGCACUCGUUACGGCAAAGUCCCGGGUCGCACCGCUGAAGCCGCUGUCAAUACCGCGUCUUGAGCUGCAAGCCGCGCUGCUCGGAGCUCGGAUUGCAAACGCAAUCACUAGCAGCCACAGGAUCCAGCCCGACUCCACCGUGUUCUGGAGCGACUCGCGGACCGUACUCUGCUGGAUCAAGUCAGACGGUCGCCGCUACAAGCCAUUCGUCGCACAUCGUGUUGGCAAGCUGUCUGAGCUGUCGAACCCAGAUGAUUGGCACUGGGUGUCGACGAUCGACAAUGUCGCAGAUCUAGCCAGCAGAGGCGUCGCGGUGAAUGAGAUCCCGCCAACAAGCCGCUGGUUCACAGGUCCAGCGUUUCUGAAGGAGCCGACAUCACAGUGGCCAACGGUACCAUCCACCAGUGAGCCUGUUGAGAACGACGCCGAUGAUGCUGAACUGAAGAAGGAGUUCGUCGGACAUGCUGCUCAACGUACAAAUCGCCUCUGUCUGCCAGACCCCGAACGGUUUUCGUCAUGGCACAAGCUUGUACGCACCACGGCAUGGGUAGUCCGCUAUGUCCGUAAGCUGAAGGCUAGUGUUGCAAGGAAGUCGACCAAGCUACCAGCUGAGUUGCUGGCGUCCGAAGUUCAGCACGCACAGACGCUGUGGUGGAAGACCGUCCAGCAAGACUGCUUUCCUGAUGAGCUAGCAUCACUGCAGAAGGGAGAGCCAGUCAGCCGUAGUAGCCGCCUCUACAAGCUGUCAGCUGGUCUCGAUGAUGAUGUCAUCAGGGUGUUUGGUCGAACCGAUAGUGCAGCCGAACUCCGUCCAUCAGCAAAGCGACCAGUGAUAUUGGACCCAGACCAUCGGUACACGCGUCUGCUACUGCAGCAGCACCAUGUGUGGAAUGGCCACCACGGACAGGAACGCAUGGCGAACGACCUGCGCCAGUGCUACUGGAUUCUGAAGCUACGCGUGCUGUGA